AUGGCUCAGAAUUCCUCAGACGACACACUCUCCCAUCUCACUCGCCUCAGCCAAAAGCCUGGCGUCCAAAGCACCCUGAUCCUCUCGCGAGAGACCGGCGCCAUUGUUCGCACUUCCGGGCUGAUAUCGAAGAGCUCCUCGGCCAAUCCUAACAGCACCCUCCCUGCUUCAGGCGAAACAGCGAGCGAUAGCUAUACCAACGGCAGGAAAGAGAGUGGCAUACACAGCGCAGAGGAUGUCGCCAGUCUGGUCUGGUCGUUCCUCAAGGCCGCAGGCAGUUUGGUAGACGAGCUGGACAACGACGAUGAGGUCAAGCUGCUGAGAUUACGCACCAAGAAGAAUGAGCUUGUCAUAGUGCCUGGUAUGAGCAGGAGCCACAAUGGUUCGGGGUACCCCGCUAAUUGA